CGUCCACCAUCUGGAUCCAAAACUCGAGAAAUUGAUGGUGAAAACCUUAUCAUCUCCCCAGCUGAUACUCAACUUCCAGCCAAGCGACCUAACCUAAAUCGUCCUCAAGACCGACCGCAAACUGGAGCUUUUCUUCUUGCUAACGCUGUCGCUAGAACCCGACCUGUGCCUAUACGACCUCGCCAACCAAACGAUAUUUCCAAUGCCUGCGUCUCCUUGCCUUCUCAAGCUUCUCCUUUAGCAUCGGUAGUUGGGAUGACGUCAACAGGUGUGCCUAAGUCGACUGUGAAAGUUGCCACUCCGAUUUCUCAACCUUCAUCGUCAGGUCCUGCCGCCGCUAGUGGUAUGCGCUUGUUGCGUCUAGUCAAGGGUAUUGGACUCACUGAAACGCAUUCACACGACCCUGAAACUAUCACUAGUCCAUUCCCGGAUAUUCAAUCUAUUGGUGCUUCGGAGAGCUCAUUGACUACUACUUGCCUAGGCACCAAUAUAACAACUAUCAAUACAGAAACUAUGAGCAGCAGCAGUUUUCGCAACUCCAAUGAAUCAAAUCGUGAGUCUCUUAUAUCUUCGCACAUGAAUUUAGGCUGUCUUGCAGAUGCAUUAAUAUCGUUAAGGGCAGAUUUCGUACUCGUUAAGUCCUGUUAUAAAAUGGGUUGA